AUGGCUUCUAGACUAACAUCUCGCUUAUUAUUUAAUUCAACUCUCCGCUCCCCAGGAACCCUAUCCCCCUCCGUACUCAAUCUCCGUCCUUAUAUAUCACUGAAUUCACCAACUGCCUACCGGUUUGCUCAUACCAUACCUAGGCCGCCUACCUCGAGACCUUCGACCUCGGCAUCAACCUUAAGGAAACAUUAUCCGCCAAAGCGUAUCGAGCCUCACUAUGAACUAACAUUUACUUGCGUACCUUGCGGCGAACGCUCCGCACAUGAAAUAUCGAAACAGGGCUACCAUCAUGGAUCGGUACUCAUCACCUGCCCGUCUUGUCGCAAUCGCCACGUCAUCAGCGACCACUUGAAUAUCUUUGGCGAUCGUAAGAUUACCAUCGAAGAUCUUAUGAAAGAGAAGGGACAACUAGUGAAGAGAGGCACUCUUGGCGAGACCGGCGAUGUCGAAUUCUGGGAAGAUGGGACCGUAAGUAACCGACGGCGAAAGCGAAAUAUUGCCGCCGCUAGGGACAGUACCAGAGAGAAUUCCGCGCAAAAUAAGCAAGACGAUUCAGACGAGGCUUCUCUCUCGCGACAGACGAGAGAUCCCUCAUCACAAUCUACCGACCCGACACCUACAGCGUCGGCGUCGUUGGGGAACACAGACGCUCGCCCGUCAAUAGACAGCACUCAACAUACCGAUCAAGUGCCAUCGACACGACGCCAAUAG